AUGAGCACUGACGAGAGCGAACAGGUGGCACGGCACCCGGUGGUGCGGUUCCUGGCGCCGUACUACGCAGCCAACGUAGCGCUGCUUGCGGUGUAUCCGCUCUGGCUCCGGUCUGCCGUCAUUCCGGGCGACUCUGAGCUGUUCAGCGGCAACUCGAUGCUCCGGCUGUCGGGCGAGGUCCAGCUGGCUGGUUGCCUCGCGGUCCUCCUGGCGCUCAAGGCCAAGGCUGCCACUUCUAUCGAUGGCUGGCUCUUCAACGUCUUUCUCUUUGGCAAGAUCGCCGUCGCCUUCUGCCUCCUGGUCGACUCGUGGCUGGCUCCGGCUGCCUACGCCGCUGCCGCCCUCCUCGCCGCCAUCACCUUUCCGCAGCCGGCCUACUCGGGGCCGACCCAGGUCCGCCUGCUCAAGGGCGCCACACUCUCGUCGGCCGUCCUCGCCGCUCCGCCUGAGGACGGCUUCUGGAUCGUGCUCUUUACUGUCUACUGGGCCCCGCCGUGUUCGGCCUUUAUCCCUGUCUUUGCCGCCCUCUCCAACGCCCUCGCCUCGCCCUCGCUCCACUUUGGCCUCGUCAACCUGACCAACGCCCCGGUCAUCGCCCGCAAGUUUGCCAUCGACACUUCGACGAGUUCGAGCCAGCUGCCCACCCUUAUUCUCUUCCACGGCGGCCAGGAGCUGGCUCGCCUUCCGGCCUGGGCUGGCCCGCCGCCUGCUGAGCCCUCGGCCCGCCGCGCCGUCGCAAAGGGCGCUCGUUUUGAUGAAGCCUCCGUCGCCCGAUACUUUGACCUGCCGGCUCGCUCCGACGGCAUUGCCUGGGGCGAGCCACGCGAGAACCCGUCGCCAGACACUGUUGAGUUUGCUGAUGGCGCUGCGUCCGCAAGCAAGAACGCCAAGGCUAAGGGCAAGGGCAAGGGCAAGGGCAAGGGCAAGGGUAAGGCCAACAAGGUGAAGCAGUCGUAA